GCGGCGGACGGGGACGCGCUGGGACUGCCCGACACCCCGCACGGCGAAGCUUCCCCAUUUAAGGAGGAUGAUGAGAGCUCAGUGGAUAUCUAUGAUGGCUUGGACAACGGUUUGACAGUUGCUGAGAAUUCUGCUCCAAGUUCUACACCAACUGGCAACUCUUUAAACUUAUUUGAUGAGAUAUUAAUUGAGGAAGGAACUGCAAAGGAAGCAUCCUAUAAUGAGCUACGGGCAGAGUAUGGAAAAUGUCAACAGCAAAUCAAAGAGUUGAUGAAGAAGUUUAAGGAAAUACAGGCACAGAAUGUCAUUCUACAAAAUGAAAACCAAGCUCUUAAGAAGAAUAUUUCAGCACUUAUCAAAACAGCGAGAGUGGAAAUUAACCGGAAGGAUGAAGAAAUCAGUAACCUGCAUCAAAGGCUGUCGGAGUUCCCCAGUCACCGCGGCGGCUUCGCCCGAACACAUCUCCCAGCAUCCAUUAAUGGAAGGUGCCUCGAGGUGUGUAAAUCCAAAGAGCCCAAAUUCAGAUCACCCGAUGUGGGCGACAGUGUAAAGAUGGAUCACAGAACGAAAAAUGACUCCCCAAAAGAUGCGUAUCACAAUUACUCGUCUCAUAACAUGGACAACGGGAAGUGUAGCUCGGAUAAAAGAAGCAAUCCAUAUCUACUGAGAUACCCUCCUGAAGAGCUCUGCACUGAUGGUGCUCAUAAACGUCUCCCAAAUUAUGACCACUGCUCCAACAAGGAUAAUAGGAAGGAAAGAAAAGAAAUGAAAAGUGAUGAACAGUAUAGCAGGGGAAAUGACAGCAAAAACAGAAGAGAAACACAGCAGAGCUACACCGGUAGCAAUAUUGAUAGCCAGGAUUCAGAUCCUCAUCAAAAGCUGCAAACACUUUCAGAGAAGGCAAGUAAAAAUGAGUUGCAACAAAAAAGUCAGAGCACAAAACUCAAAUGUAGUCCAAGUGCAGAAAGAAGGGCAGAAAGGGGGGCCUCUUCCUGGGAGAAACAAGCUACCAGCAAGGACAGGUUUCAGACAAGAGGUGAGUUGUAUGCUGAUGAGAGGUCACAAAACAUGACCAAGAAGGAUGUUAAAAUGCAUGAUAAAGAAGAAAAAGGCUCUGGCCAGAAAAGUAAGCCAAAUGAGAAGCAACAGGAGCAAUCAAGGAGGUCUGGUAGAGUCAGCAGUCCGCACUCAAAGAACGAGCACUCCAAGAACCUACAUGAGUCGCGUAAAUGUCGCGUGGAAGAGUCUAGAAAAGCAAGAGACUCAGACUACAAGAGAGAGAGAGGAACCAACGAUCAUACUGCUCGGGAAGGAAGGUCUUCACCUUCCAAUUCCAGCAGCAGAGAGCAUAAACACGCACGCUCCAAGGAAAAUAGCAGUAGACACGAAUGGGAAACGGCACAUUCAAAAUCAGAGAGACACAGAACUGAAGAAAAAAGGAAAAGAGAGAGGGAGAGUCAGGAUGAAAACAGACAUUCUAGAAAUGAAAGAAAAGUUACAAAAGAGACUUCUCACCAAUCUUCCAAAGACUGUAAGAAAGGUGCAGAUGUUACAAAAGGUGAGAGAAACAAGUCUCAUAAGCCAGAAGAGGCAUCCAGAGUAGCAGAUAGUUUAAAAGACCACAAAGCUCCCAAAAGUAAAGAUGAUCUAACUGAAGCAAAGAGCAAAGACUUGAAACUCAGCUUUAUGGAAAAACUAAAUUUGACUCUUUCUCCUGCUAAAAAACAAUGCCUUUCUCCAAUGGAUGGAUUUGAAAUGUCCUCCCAAAAGGCCACUGAUGAUGGAAGUACAGAGCUUGCCAUGCAGGCUGAAGUCGUGGAUUCUGCUACCUGUGAUCCUGCCAAGCAAACUCAUCCUGACUCACUAGAAGACCUGGACAGCGCAGCUCAGAUCAGCCUGGAACAGACAGUGCCUCUUUCUGUGAAUCCUGAUCACGAAUCCUUGAAAACAGCAGCAGCAGCAGCAGCAGGUCCAGCACAGCCUGAGGCUUUGGCAGCAGUGGCAGCUGGAGACGUGAGCCCAGGAGCCCUACCAGAAGCAGCAGAGGCUCAGGUGCAACCCCAGGCCUUGAUGGGAACAGCAGAGGUACCGACCCCUGGUGAAGUGCAGGCUGGAACUCCAGCAGCAACGGCAGAGGCUCCUGAUGUGGUUGAAUCUGAAGCUUCAGCAGCAGCAGUGGCUGCCGUGGAUCUGGAUCAAGCUGAGGCUUUGCCUCUGGAGGCAGCAGGGUCUGGAGAGCUGCCUGUAGCAGCGGGUGGGAUGCAGGAGGACAAGGUGCCGGCAGCAGCAGUGGCACCUCCCGAGGCUGCCAGUGAAAGUCUGGUGGCCCUUCCUGAGUCUGUAGCGGAGAAGGGAGAGGAAGAUAAAAUGUGGCUACCUACUGAUAAAGAAAGCUCAGAGGACCGACAUAGCUCUCCAAACCUGGCCUUACAUGACCCAGAGGCCAGAAGUUCUAGUGACUUGGAGUCCUAUGGUGUUGCUGGUGAUAGUAUGGAAACAAAACCGGACUGUUUAAUGGAAGUAAUUAAGGAUGAUGAUCACUUGGCUGCAGAAAAUGUUGAGUGUUCUGUUGAGAAAACAAAUGUCUGCAAAGAUACACCUCAGUCACCUGAGAGAACUGUACUAUCUGCUAGGGAGGCACCAGUAGUUGACCAGAAUGCCUGUGAUCUGGAGCCAGACUUACCUGAAAUCACUACAACAGCCUCUUGCCUUAGUGGUGAGACGUAUCCCAGGACUAAAGAGAGGGAAACUAACCCCAUUCCUGCUGACGAUGACAGUUCAAUACUGAGCAUUGACCUCAAUCACCUGAGGUAUAUUCCGAAGGCCAUCAGCCCGCUCAACAGCCCCAUGCGGCCUUUGGCUAAAGCCCUUAGGAUGGAGAGUCCUGGCAAAGGUCUUGUGAAGAGCUAUAACAAAGAUAUAAUUCCUGAAAGUACGGUUGGCGUCUGUCCCUCAAAGAAUUUGUCCAAGGAGGUAAACAAAGAAAAUCAAAAGCCAGUUAGCAUGUCUGGUGAGCACUUGGAGAUGGAGUCCCAGCUGAGCAUCUCCUCAGACGAAAUAGAAGAAGGAGAAAUCAUAAGCAGUGAUGAUGAAGAAGAAAAAUCGAAACCAGAAAGAACCUCUGAAAAUACAAAAAAAUCAAUGCCCAGAACUUCUCCUGAAACGCGCAAUUUGACCAGCAAUCCACACAAUCAAAAGAGCAAAACUGUCUGUGGCAAUGAAGACAGUGGAAAGUUUGUUUCUGUGAAAUUAAGUACAAAGAAGAACAGAGAGAGACAUAAAAACCAGACGUUCAGCUCUUCGAAGGAGAUGAAGAAAAAUAAAACUGUGAGCCUUGCUUGUCUGGAAAAAAUGGUGCAAAUUAUUGCUGAACCUUCAACUGUGCAAGAAGUUAUGCAGAUGUUAAGAGCUAUACGAAAACAGGUGAGGAAAAACUACAUGAAGUUCAAGGUACAUUUUCCAGUUCAACACUUUCACAGAAUUAUAGAAUCUGCCAUUAUAAAUUUUACAUCAUUAAUAAAAUACUUGAACUUUUCCAAGAUGUCUACAUUAGGUGAGACUUUAAAAUUGAAUCUCUGUGAUACGAUAGAGUCCAAACUCAAGCAAAUCAAGAAGAAUGCCAUAGUGGAUCGUCUUUUUGAGCAGCAAGUAUCAGAUAUGAAGAAACAGUUAUGGAAAUUUGUAGAUGAGCAGCUUGAUUACUUAUUUGAAAAGGUAAGGAGAACUUUAAUAAAACUAUGUGAUGCAGUAAACAUGGGAAAUGACGCUGAGGAAGGGAAGUUUGAAAGAGCAGGAAAACAAAAACACAGAAUUGGUCACAAAAAUGAUGUUCAAAGGUCGCAAAAAAAAUCCUUGAAUGCCAGAUCUCAAAAGACUGAGGAAUAUAUCCUUUCUAAGCCAGCUGUGGAUUACCAACCACCUAAAAAGUGUCACCAUGAGAAGAAUAAAACUGAUGCACCAAAAACUGUUUUUACAAAAUGUCUCAACUCCAUCGAUAACACAAGAAUUUCCCAAACCAAAGUGCAGCCCCCUAGGGAGAAUAAUUUGCAAGGGGCUCUCACUCCACUGAAAAGUACAAGACACGAAAAGGAAGGAUUUCAGCUAGCCAAAGAUGCUAACAAGUCUGAUCUUAGUUACGAUCUUCUCACAGAACAACAAGCCUCCAGUCUUACAUUUAACCUUGUGAGUGAUGCUCAGAUGGGUGAAAUUUUCAAAAGUUUGUUGCAAGGUUCCGAUCUCUUGGAAAAAAGCGGCAGCAAUAUUGACAGACAUGAAUGGGAGUUCAGGACACCAGAAAAACAGCUUUUGGAAAGUCAGAAGUGCAGAAGUAGUAGUGCUGUAUUAAUUCAAGAGAUUGCACCAAAGGAGGCUUCUGUGGAACCUCGACCCAUAGAAGAUAUUCACUGGCCUUUGGUUUCACCUAUAAGAGCUCCUUCCUUAUCAUCCAGGCUUCAAAUGUCCAUCGACCCAAACGUGCUAGAUGAAAGCUGUAUGUUUGAGGUUCCUACAAGUGCCGCCUCGUGCAAAGAAGAUGAGUGCAGCUUACAAAAAACCAAAUCCUUUGUUUCUUCUAUUCUCCUUGAAGAUUUGGCUGUUUCUUUAACUAUUCCGUCACCUUUGAAAUCAGAUGCUCACCUCAGCUUCCUAAAACCCGAGAACACCUCAGGCUCCACUCCCGAGGGCGUCCUUAGCGCCCAUUACAGCGAGGACGCGCUCCUCGAAGAGGAGGACGCCACCGAGCAGGACAUCCACUUGGCCUUGGAGUCGGAUAACUCGAGCAGCAGGUCGAGCUGCUCCUCGUCGUGGCCGAGCCGGCCCGCUGUGGCCGGGUUUCAGUGCCGCCCGAGCCUGCCCAUGCAGGCCGUGAUCAUGGAGAAGUCCAACGACCACUUCAUCGUGAAGAUCCGGCGCGCGGUGCCGUGCGCCGCCCCGGAGCACGUGGGCCUCGUGAGGGAGGCGCGGGCCUCCUCGGCCAGGGGGGAACGGGGCGGUGAGAAGAGGGAGAGCCCGCGCACCGCAGCAGCCCCCGGGCCAGGAGCGGCCACGCCAGGGCCGAGGCAGCCUGCGGAGCUGCCCCACGGCCCUGCUGGGCAGGAACAAGGCGCUCGGCCAGCGAGGGAGUCGCCCGAGGGUGCUGGAGAGGACGAGGCCGCUGCUUUGCUCCGGCCCCCUAGGAAACCUGCGGACACAAAUAGCCCUGGCACAGAAAGCCCUAGUGAGGAUGGCGAGAGCUCUCGGAUGCGUGAAUUUAAAGUACCUGGGAACGUAAAUGAAAUUGCUGUUGGAUCCACAGCUGCUUUUCCCGUUGGAUGCGGUGUGGAGUCGUACAUAGACUUAACAGGUGAUAUCGUUGAUGAGAACUCGUGUCUUGCAGGGCAGUCUCCUGCAGAUAGUAGGAGUCAGGAAACUCCUACUGGGAAUGCAGAGAUUGGUGAUAAAAAGGAUGAACUGGAGGAGUGCUCUGUUGAUGCCUUUAUAGACUUGACAGAAGAGCUUUCCAAUGAGACUGUGGCAGGUGAAGGUAAUCUGGAAAUAAAGCCCACUUCAAAUACUGAUGCAGGAUGCCAAAUAAAUACAGAUGAAAAAACUAGUAAAAAAAGGAAAAAAGAUUCUGUGGUAUUGGACAAUUGUAACUCAAAAAGACAACGGAAAGAAAGCGAGUCACUGGGUGAAGGGAAUGAUGGAAAUGACGCGAAAUCUGAAGGGAUAAAUUCAGUGCCCAGGCGAUCUUCCAGCAAGAAGCAUGAGUUGCCACAGAGCAAAGACUCUUCUCCUUCGGCUUCAUCUGCAUCAUCGCCUAGUCUGUAUGCCAAAAACAUUGUCAAAAAGAAAGGAGAAGUAGUAGUUUCCUGGACAAGAAAUGAUGACCGAGAGAUCUUACUGGAGUGUCAGAGAAAAGGACCUUCAAGCAAAACUUUUGUUUCCUUAGCCACUAGGUUAAACAAAAGCCCAAAUCAGGUUUCAGAAAGAUUCAAGCAGUUAAUGAAGCUUUUCAAGAAAUCCAAGUGCAAGUGAACUUACCUCCAAGCUGCUCUGUGGCUACCAGGUUUAGCUGUUUUCAGCAAUGAGAGUGCAACCACUGCAUGCAGGUGGUGGGGCGAGCGGAGGUGUCCAAGUCAGAAUCCUUAGCCCAGGAAACCUGGGGCACUGUUAGUUGUUUACUUCCCUGCCCACAUUUCCACUGAAGUGCUUUAUCGCGUGUCGGAUAGCUGGAAAAUCAGACUAAACCACAGGCUACCUGAGGAAGGGUGUGCACGUGCAAAUAGAGCAGUAUCGUUUUUAGGAGGUCAAUCUUCUGUUGUUUAAAAGUGCUCUGCAAGCACAAGAAGCAUUUCAUCCAGUGAAAAGGGUGGCUGUUCCUUAACUUGUGAGAAGUGCUGUAUGUGGAACGACAAUUCCAGGCAAAAACAGGAGUUCUUGGAAACUAGUUGGUGGGUACUCUUAGUUGUUAGAUAAUCCUAGCAAAUAAUAAAUACAUCAUCUUGGUUUUCUGCAACAUGGAAACUGGUACUUUGAGAAGUUAGGUCUUGUUCUUUUAAAAUCGGACAGUGCAGGGAUAGUCAUAAUUCCAAGUGCUCAUUACCUGGUAAUUGGAUGAAGAUGGCAAGGAACAGGUGGUUAUUGCUAUAGGUGGACUCCGUAAUAGGUGGACUCUUGUUCAUAAUCUGCUCUGAGGAGGGAAUCCAGCACCGUGUGCAGGGCUUGCCUUCAACCUUGAGCAUCUUCUCCAAACCACUUCUUUGUUACUCCAGUGUUCAAUGGAAAGAAAGGAAUGAAUUCCUCUCUCAGGGGCCCAUCUCCCUCCUCAGAGAGAGUGAAGCCAGUUAUUAAUGCAGAGAACAGUUUUUUAGAUCCUUUUAAAUAUUAAUGAAAUUUUAAAAUUAGUGAAAUACUGGUGAAUAAGGAGCAUUAGUUUACCAAGGAUUGUCUUGCAGUUGAAAAUAUUUUACAGUUCUGAUGACAUUUAAAUAGACGUAGUGUUGAAUUUUGCACA